GUUUACUUAACCUCAUUUUAUACAUCUGUCAAAAUGAAUACACAGAAACUGUUAAAUUUAAGGGUUCCCGUCGUGUCUUUGGUACAAAAGUGUGGAUUAAAACAUUAUCAAGCACCUCCCAAAUAUGACCAUGUUGAAUUUCCGGAAAAACCAAAACUUAAAUACAUUGAUAAGGUCCCACAGCUACCUGCUGCAAUUAAACCACCAAAAAUGCAAAAAAACUUAAAGCUAAUGAGAGGCCCCGAGCCAGUACACAAUUUUUUGUUACAUAAACAAUAUGGCAUCAUGGCUUUAUGUGGAGGUAGAAUAAAGUGGGGUCAUUUCGAAAUGAUGAGGUUAACAGUUGGUAGAAAAAUGGACUUGAACAGAAUGUUUGCUGUUUGGAGGAUAGACUCACCUUGGCAACCAAUCACCAAGAAGGGUCAAGGUCAACGUAUGGGGGGUGGUAAGGGAGCCAUAGAUCACUAUGUUACCCCCGUUAAAGCAGGACGAAUAAUUCUGGAAAUAGGCGGCAAAUGCGAAUUUGCAGAAGUAAAAAAAUUCCUUGACGACAUUUCGAACAAACUGCCCUUCAGGGCGACUGCCGUAUCCCAGCAAAUGCUGGAUGAAAUGAAUGCCAGAGAGCAAUGGCAGGAGGAGAACAACCAAAACCCGUACACCAUGAAAUACGUCAUACAAAACAACAUGGGCGGAUGCCGGAAGUGGCUGAAACCUAUCGAUUUAAAAUAUUUCGGAAAAUAUACGUAAAGAAAUGCGCCUUGUAUAUAAUUUUUUAUUGUUAAGAAAUACAUUAAUU